UGAUAGGAAUGGAAACUCGAAAAUAUUAAAGCUUGAGAAAACAAUUGCGUAGAGCAGAAAUGGCUAGGAACAAUCCAUCUGUUGCCUAUUUCUACGAUCCCGACGUGGGUAACUUUCAUUAUGGCCCUGGACAUCCAAUGAAACCACAUCGAAUUAGUCUGACACACUGUUUAGUUCUGCAUUAUGGGCUAUACAAAAAGAUGAAGGUGUACAAACCGUACAAAGCCUCUGCUCAUGACAUGUGUAGAUUUCAUGCAGAGGAUUACAUCGACUUCCUCUCAAGGGUCACACCCCGAAAUGUCCAGGGCUUUACCAAAUACCUCAGUAUGUUUAAUGUGGGCGAUGACUGCCCUGUGUUUGAAGGGAUGUAUGACUUCUGUUCAAUGUACACAGGAGCCUCAUUAGAAAGUGCUGUCAAGUUGAAUCAUAAUCUGUGUGACAUUGCUGUGAACUGGUCAGGAGGUCUCCAUCAUGCCAAGAAAUUUGAGGCUUCUGGCUUUUGCUAUGUGAAUGACAUAGUCAUUGGAAUUUUAGAACUGCUCAAAUAUCACCCACGAGUUUUGUACAUAGACAUAGAUAUUCACCAUGGAGAUGGAGUACAGGAAGCCUUCUAUCUCACUGAUAGGGUCAUGACUGUAUCCUUCCACAAAUAUGGGAACUACUUUUUCCCUGGAACAGGGGAUAUGUAUGAGAUCGGUGCUGAAAGUGGUAGAUACUACUCAGUGAACGUUCCCCUAAAGGAAGGCAUUGAUGAUCAGACAUACAUGCAGGUGUUUAAACCAGUCAUUCAGUCUGUGAUGGAGUUUUACCAGCCCACCUGUGUGGUAUUACAGUGUGGAGCCGAUUCAUUAGGAAGCGACAGGCUAGGAUGUUUUAAUCUCAGUAUAAGAGGUCAUGGUGAGUGCGUAAAGGUAGUGAAGGACUAUAACUUGCCCAUGCUGGUCCUGGGUGGGGGAGGUUAUACAAAGAGGAAUGUAGCACGAUGCUGGACAUAUGAGACUGCUGUACUGCUAGACGAUGAGAUCAGUAAUGACCUGCCCCUCAAUGAAUACCUAGAGUACUUUGCUCCUGAUUUCCUUCUACACCCUGACAUUUCAACAAAGCGUGAAAAUCUUAACUCAAAACAGUACCUGGACAGCAUUCGGCAGACUGUCCACGAGAGUCUUAAGAACCUGAACCAUGCGCCCAGCGUACAGAUGCAGGACGUGCCCCCGGAUCUGCUGACCGUCGAUAAUACGGAGGAAUCUGACCCUGACGUGAGGAACCAUCAGAAUGAGGUGGACAGGAGAGUGGAGCCAGCAAACGAGUUUUAUGAUGGAGACAAAGAUAACGAUAAAGACGAUUCGUUGCUGGAUGUCUAGUGACGACAGUAAACAAGAUCAUGAAAUCAUCAUUUCUAUGUAUGUGCAAGUGUGAAAUGUGUGUUGAGCUCUCUGUGUGAUGGAUUUUCUCAAUGAAUGACUGUCAUAAAUUCAACAGCCAUCAAUGCCGCACCAGUCCAGGGACUGAUUUCUCAACCAUCUUGUGUGCAAGAUCGCAACAAAGUUACAGUCUCUAUUCUGGAUCGAUUCCUGUUCAGUCUUAAAUGUGCACUGUUUCAUACUGGAUAUCUGCAUUUUGCCCAACAAGAUAAAUUUGUUUGAGUCAACUAGAUUAGCUUUACAGUGAUUAUGGUCCAUAUAGUUUGUUGAAAUUGAAAUUAAAUUGAGGACCACUGGUUUGGUGUAUAUGGUAAAUGACCUAAAAUAUUGCGGCAAAAAAUUGAGGUAAAUGCUAUAAAAUUAGAAUCAGACAGAAUGUACUACUUAAUCAUUUGUGAAAUUUGAGGGGUCAUUUACUGUGAUACCAAGCCAGAGAAUAAUUCUUUUAAAAUCAUUCAAGAUUAAAGUGAGCACCUGCAGCCCACCUUCCUUGUAAUCAUUCAUAUUGGCACCGUUAUGUGUUACCAUCCUCAUUGAGGAUUGAUGAAAUACUAAAUUUUCAGAAACUCGACAAAACUUGUGAAUACGUUGUGCAAUCAGUCGGUCAUUGGAAGACUACCCAAAUUCCCCAACCUUUUCACAUGUGAAAGAGCAGCUUUCAGUGCAAUUUAUGCACACUAAUUAUUUGAUUUUGGAGAGAAAACUACUUUGAUUGGAUUGGCCAAUUUCCCAAAAAGUAUGAUUUUAUCAGUCUACACAGAAUAAUGCCUUGAAACAUGCUUGUAAACACCUUGCAAACAUGUGAAAAGGUUGAAGAAUUACAGUAUUUGUCUUGCCCAAGUAUAUUGUGCAUAUCUGUAUGUCACAUGUGGGAAAUUUUGUCAGUAACUUGUCAAAGGUCGUGUUUUAUGCUGGCCACUCUGGUUUCCUUCUCCUAUAAAACUUACCACCAUCAGUAACUGGAAAAUUCAUGAGUACGGGGUUUGACAAGUUACUGACAAAAUUCAUGAGUAUGGGGUUUGACAAGUUACUGACAAAAUUCAUGAGUAUGGGGUUUGACAAGUUACUGACAAAAUUCAUGAGUAUGGGGUUUGACAAGUUACUGACAAAAUUCAUGAGUAUGGGGUUUGACAAGUUACUGACAAAAUUCAUGAGUAUGGGGUUUGACAAGUUACUGACAAAAUUCAUGAGUAUGGGGUUAAGCAACAAUCAAGUAAAUAGAGUGGAAUGUCAUAAGAAGAGAAAUUUACUUAGUGGCAACCGUAAUCUCCAUGACUUCUUUCAAGUAAAGACUUUUCAUGAUGAAAAUAGCCUAUGUGUAACCAUAGAAAGAAAGAUCAUAGAAAAAUAUACUAAACUGUUUCAUUAGACCGCAGCAUUAUGUAAGUGAAUUGUUAAGAUGGAUUUUUCGAAAUAUCUCUCUGAUAUCUAUCAGUGUACAUUUGAUAUGUGUUCCUAUGUUGUUAUUUUUCUGUUGUUCAGUGCAUUUACUUAGGUGUAUGUUUGCUUUAAUUACAAGGAUGUGUUCAUGCUGUAGAGUUAAAGGUUGUACCUGUUAACCAGCCAUUCUAGUGAAGAAAAGGGGAAUAUCCAUCAUUGUAUUUUUAAAAAAUGAAAUGGAAAUGAACAUAUAUGUACAUGUAUGUUUUAGACUCAUAAGGCAUUUUCAUUUCUUCAGAGGCAUUUAUUUUUUGUGUCAGAUGUACUGUGUGAAACUAAAUGUAUUUCUUAUACAUUAUGUAACAUUGCCUGCUACUAAAUAGCGUUAGGAUGAGUCUGUGUUUUCAUUUGGUAUGAGGGUCACAUGAAAUGGUGUGUCUUUUUAUUUGAAUGACAUCAGUUAUCAGCCAAUCAAAUAUCUUUUUAUGACCAGUCGGAUCUUGCAGGCUGUAAUUCUGCAUUAAGUUGUUUCAAUGGACUGAUUAUGUGGAGAACACAUACAUUAUGCGCAGCCUAACUACCUGCAUUUAGUGACACACCUGUAUUUGGCUUCCUUUUUAUAUUAUUCAAACCCAAACGACCACACAUACAGCUUUUAACUUAUCUUGUUUCAGGAUUUAUUGGUGCUGUUAGAGAUUUAAAAGUUGGUUUAUUGCAAGGGAGUUCAGAGAGGACAUUGUGUAUACUUCAACUUAUCAUAUUUCACAGCACUUCAUUGUCCUCAACUUAUACUUCCUUAGGAGGGAAGAGGUGAAAAAGGUGCAGUGUUUUGUAAGUUGUUUACUUCUGUAAGUGGCAAUUCUCUAGAGUUGUAUCCAUUAUCACGUAUAAUUGCAUAUACAUAUAUAUUUAUUGAAACAUUUUGUUCAUAUUCCAAUUGUUAUUGGAAGGUUUUUCCAUCUGUAUAUACAUCAUAAUACAUGUACAUCAGUUAACAUGGCCAAUAGCCAUCAUAUCAUCAUUCCAUCAUGUCACAGUAAACAUUGUACUAGUCUGAAGCAAUUUGUUUUUCUCGUCAUAAAACUGCUGAGCCUAAUUCAAUCUCAGUCGUGCCAAAGUUGAGUCUCACUGAAGCUGAGAGGGUCUAAGCUGGCUGGGAAGAGUAAAGCAAUGGCUCAAAGAAUAUCUUGGGCCCUUGACCGGUGAGUUCCAUAUUCAAAUCCAGCACUCGCAUGUUCCACUAUGACUUGAAGUCAAGCGGUUGGUCAGGUACCUGGUAAAGGGUGGUUUACCCUAUUUGUUCAGAUAUUUGGGACACUUGGUCUCCUCAUUUUAGACAAUACAUAUGUAUAUGUAAAUGUAGCAGGAAUAUUGAGGUUCUUUUUUCUCACAUGGUUAGACCAUCUAAUGAACAACAUACUUAUAUCUUUACGCUUCCGAAAAUGUAAUAUUCUACUUUCAACACUACUAAUAUCUAUCCCAAAAAUUAGAAGCUUUAGAGUACUCCAGGCCCUUGGGUUUCUUCCACCAAUAAACCUGACUGCUGUCCAGUAGAUGUUAGUGAGUCAUGCUUGAAACAACCCUAUUAAAGCUGACUUGUCACUUGGUACAUUUGAAGCUAAAACUGUUCUGAGCUCAUCUGCUCUUUGUAUAGUUGAAAUCUCGCUUCUUUUCUGAGGGAAGUGAAGUUGUCUCUUUAUAGCAUUUUGCAUCACACAAUUGUGUCUUAAAACAAAUUCUGACUGGUACUCAAGAUUGAUCAUCCCAGUGAAUAAGCUGCCAUUGGAUAUGCUUGAAGAGAGGAUCGCUUCAGUGACAAGUCAGUAUACGUGGCAGCUACUAUACCUGACUGUUGGAAGAUUGGUGUUACUCCAGAUCUAGUGAGCAUAGGGAGUAGCUACUAGAUCAAGCCGUAGGAAGAUUGGUGUUACUCCAGAUCUACAGUAUAUUUAGCGACAAGUCAGUAACGGUAGUAGCUACCAGAUUGACUGCAAGAAAAUUGUUGUUACUCCAGAUCUGGUUAGCCACCAGUCAGUAUUAAGAGCAGUUACUAGAUCUGAGUGUAGGGAACUGGGACCAUGAUAUAAACUCAGGUUACAGUUACAAAUGAGGUCAACACUAUCACAUUUAAAAAGACAAGUGGACCAUCAUCAGUUGCGUAGUGUGGUAGAUCCAGAGCUCCGAAACUCAAUCCUCAGUUUAGUAAUACUGAACACUUAAAAAUCUUUUGCCUGGGUACUGUAUGUUCCUUGCUUGGCAGUAGAAGAGCAACAGGCCAAGAUGUGGUUGGCCCGGCGUCUAUAUUAUGAAACUGGGUGGGGAGUAUCGUCUGGUGUCUUCGGUCUGGUGAUCCACUAAGCACUAUAAAUAUGUCAGGGUGGUGUCAUAUUUCAUACAAACAAAAUAUUGUUCACAGCAAAACCUGUACAAAGAAACAAGCAAAUGACAAUGGGAGCAGCCUUUAGGCUGAGGGGCUUAGAACGCCUGCAUGGCGCAAUUACCCAGGAGACUCCAACCAAUGCAGUCGCUGUGAGUUCGUCCAGCUCACGCUGGCAACCUUUCUGGCCAUAUGUGGGAAGGUCUGCUAGCAACCUGUGGAUAGUCAGGGGUUUGUGUAAGUAAAGUAUUCUUGAGAACAGCAUAAAACACCAAUGAAAUAAAUAAAUAAAAUAAACAAACA